AUGCAGAGCUGGAGUAUGUUAGUCCCCACUGUCGAGCAGAAUGAUAAAUGUGUUAAUAUUUACCACCAGAAUGACGUAAAUAGGCAUGGACCUUACUUAGACACUGGACAAAUUGAAAGGAGAUACGUGCUUGGGUGCUUUUGUGACAUUGAUCUAUCUAUCUAUCUAUCUAUCUAUCUAUCUAUCUAUCUAUCUAUCUAUCUAUCUAUCUAUCUAUCCUUCUCACGGUAUCUUCAUCUAUCCCAUUCUCUUUUCCUCUUUCUAUCGUUCUCUCAGUACAGAAAACUCUUUCGCCUAAUAUUUGGCAUUCUCUCUUCGGUCUUCAUAUUACGUCAUUCUCUUUCUUUUCUUUCUCUAAGUUAUCCUUCUCUCUUCAUCCAUCAUCAUCAUCAUCAUCAUCUCUCUCUCUCUCUCUCUCUCUCUUUCACUGUUCUAAUUUCAACUUGGUCUCUUUUUAGCCGUUGUCUUUUUAUAGUCUCUUUUUUUUCUCUUUUUCUUGGAUCUCUCUCUCUCUCUCUCUAUCUCUCUCUCUCGCUCUCUUUCUCUUUUCCUGUUUCUUUUUGUCCUCUCUUUAAAACUCCUCGUUCUUUUACUUUGGUGCUUUCCCUUUCUGUCGUCUUCAUUUUUAUUUCUGUGCUAUCACGAAUUUGCUAA